AUGUUCCAGCCACUUAAAAACCCGUCCCUCAAUGAAAAUGGGAUUCCCCCUUUCGAAAGCCUUCCUCUCCAAGAAGGGGAUCCCCCUUACUCCGCCUGGGGUCUAUACGGCGACAAAGACGAACUGGGCACUCUGAACAGACUCACAGACGAACGCGUAGCUGCCACCGCAAGAGAAGAAAUCAAAACAGGCGUACGAAUCUCGCUCAACUGGCCCCUAGACGCCCACUCCAAGGGCUCCUUCUUUUCGAGAGGGGAGUUUCACCAGGAGAUGUUCCAGAAGAAACCUCACGUCGCCAACGACGACACUUGGACCUUCAACACUCAGGUCUCGUCUCAAUGGGACGGCUUGCGGCAUGUAGCCUACCAGAAGGAGGAGCUGUUCUACAGCAGAGUCACCAUGGACGAGUUGUACGCCGUGGAUGCGAACGGGGUGAAGUCGACCGUCAACGGGAUCCAAGCUUGGCAGAAAAAGGGCAUCGUUGGCCGCGGUAUUCUUGUGGACUACCACACCUGGCGUCUGGGCCAAGGGAUCGACUACGAUCCGUUCGCGCGCAGUCCGAUACCAGUAGACGACAUCAAAGCCUGCUUGAAAGCUCAAGGUACCGAGGUCCGAUUCGGUGACAUUCUCUUCACAAGAACCGGCUACAUGGUAUCCCACGCCCAGAAAUCCACCAGCGACCUCGCCGCCCUCCAGAAAAGCGAACCACACACCCUCGGCGGCCUCCAACCCUCCCUCCCCGCCCUCCGCUGGCUCUGGCACAAUUUCUCCGCCAUAGCCGGCGACCAGCCGGCCUUCGAAUGCUGGCCCCCGCUGCCGGACCACCCGGACGACGUCGCCGCCGGCCGCGGGCUCGCCUACUCCAUCCACGAGGUCGCCCUGGCCGGCUGGGGCUGUCCCCUCGGCGAGCUCUUCGACCUCGAAGCCCUGGCCGCCCACUGCUGCAAGGAAGGCCGCUGGAGCUUCUUCGUCGCCAGCGAGGUUUGUCACGUCCCUGGUGGCGUUGCCAGUCCGCCAAAUAUCUUGGCCAUAUUCUGA